AUGUCAAACAUUAGGAUUGUAAAACGAAAGGCGAAGGGCUUCUUCAAGUGUGAGGACCUAGUCACAAUCAAGGAUGCUGUCAAGGCAGCUCAUAGGAUCAUGUCAGAUGCGUCCAUACUCGUCCGGUCAUAUUAUCUGCGAUGGUUCCAGAGCUCAUAUCCCCUUGAUUCAGAUGACAAGGAACUUGAGCUUGAGCACUUCCAUAUAUCCAUGGCCUGCAGCAUAGUCCAGGGUAUAACAAGGCCUCCAGUCCGUGGUGUUGGUCCUGAACAAUCUGUCAAGAUAGACGUCUUCAAUGACAUGUUAGAUGAGUAUAAGAGGCUGUACGAGCGUGCUCCAAAUGAUAAAGAGAACGAAACGGACCUCUCUCUAUCGCAUGUCUUAGCAUAUUCCAUCGACAACCUUCUUACCGCGUAUAAAAACAACAUCGAAGCCCAUUUCUCAAAAUAUGUCAAACGCUUCAUCCGAUGUGAUAUGUUGGCUAAGGGCUUCAAUAAGUCUGAGGCAAACAGAGUGGCGGCAAUAUAUACCAAUGCCUAUAUUUAUGACUCAUCCCUCGACCUGGAACCAGACUUUAUGGAAAGAUUAGGCCUUGAGGCAACAAGUUAUUCAUCUCUAUUCCCCUCUAAGAUAAAUAAGGGCGGUUUUCCAAGGGUCUAUGACCUGAAGGCCAACCCUUGGGUCUAUCUUCCAAAGAUGGUCAUGAUAAAUCAGGCCUUAGAGACAGACUUCUCUUCUGUAGAGCAUAAGGAGAGGAGGCUGCUCAAUCCACUGCCCUUCUAUUCAUCGUUUGUUCCGAUGCACAUACGGAUUGAUACAUCCGGCUUAUCGCAGCUGCUGAUGACUAAGGAUAGGCUUGAUGAUUUCAAGAGAUCUUAUCUUGCUGAGUUUGGAGUAAGUCUAAAUAUAAAGAACAAGGGUGAUAUGCUAGCAAGUUUUGAGAAGAUCUUUGGCCGGAAGGCAACAUCCAAUAGAGAGGCCGGAUUGUAUGCAACAGAGAUGUGGAGCUUCUUGACAAACCUGAAGACAUGCCGUCAAUGGAAGGAGCUUGAUGGGGUUGUUCGUAAGAACGAUCCCAAGGGAACACAAUGGAUGUUUGACAAUGCUGUUGUAACGGACGGUGUUUCAAUCUCAUUCCAGGUGAUCGAUAACAGCAUGUUUGGACGGAAGGCCUUCUCUGGCAGGAAGAAGAGGGUAGCAUGUCAGGAGGCCAAUGAUGAAGAAGAUAGCAAGCAGGUAACAAGAGAAGAGCUAAAGACAUCGAAGCUCUUGGGAUGUGACCCUGGGAAGAGAGACAUCCUAGCAAUAACAGAUGGCAUAAAGACUAUCUGUUACACCAAGGGGCAGAGAGACAUGGACACGCAUAAGACAAUAAGGUUGAGAACCAGUCUGAAGAGGCGCCGAGGCUGCGGCCUAGAGGAGUAUGAGACACAGGUGAUGAACCGGUUCCAGAAACGGUCAUGCCAUCCUGAGAUGUUUCGACGCUAUGCCUGUUCCAGGAAGAGGAUGGAACACAUGCUGCUUGAAUGUUAUUCUCAUCCAGUCUUUAGAGAGUUCAAAUUCUUGGUUUACAACAAGACUAAGAGCUCCGAACAUAGGUUCAUGCAUAGGGUGUUGGAAACAUUCAAACGGCCGCAAACAAACCUGAGCAAGGCGAGGUGUGCGUCAGGAGUUAUGCGUAUGAAUGCCUUGAAGGAGGUCCAAAGGCAUGGAGAUAUCAUUAUAGGGUGGGGCAACUGGGGAAAGAAUCCAAACGCGCUACGAUGCUCGGCAGGACCAACCCCAGGCAUUGGAAUAAGGAGAAGGUUUGAAUCGCUGUUCAAAACAACAACAGUGCCAGAACACUACACCUCCCAAGAAUGUCCGAGUUGUAAGGGACGAUGCCUAAGAAAGGCAACUGGCAACCCGAUCAUGAGACACCAUCUGCUUCGUUGUACAAACGAUAGUUGCUGUAGCAGGUGGUGGAAUCGGAAUGUAGCCGGGGCGUUCAACAUCCUAACAAGGCUGUUGGAUGGACAAACACUAUCCGGUAACGAAACUACCGGAGACGGGUUAGGAGGUGACGACCUCUAA